UUAAAAAAACACAAAGACAAGCCUGUAGAAACUAAAAGGAUAGAUACAAACUCUACAUGUACACAUAAACAACAUAGGAGAGUACAUUAAACAUAAACAUACAUAGACAUCUCUACAUACACCUAUACAUACAGCACAGCCUAGAGCUUCAACAUCCUUGAAAAAUCUCAUCUUUUUACAAUCAGAUUCUUGUAAGUAUUAUUUUUCAUCUUUACCCAGUUGAUGAAUCAAUUUGCUAUGGUUUCUUCAAUCAUUCAGCUUCGUAAAGGACUUGGGUAACAUCUGCUACAAUUUGCAGAUUUUUUCAGUUCCAUUUCUCGAAUGUAACAUCAUUUUGUUUCAAUAUAAAAAAGAAAAAGAAUGAGCUUGUACAACAAAGGAGCUCUUACAGCUGACAAAAAGCCAAGUAUUGUUUCCAAGUUAACAACUUUAAAUCCUAAUGCCACUGAAUUUGUUCCCUCUGCUCUGAGAGCAUCUCCAGGAAGCCCUGGUGCAGCAGAUUCAUCGUCAAGAUUUGCCAGCGGUAGUAAUAAAGCACUAGGAAAAACAGUAUUAGAUAGAACAGAGUCCUCUGUUUCAAAUAACUCUGAUGAUGAGGCCCACCAAUACUGGCGCUGCCAACUCCCUGAUGAUAUUACUCCUGAUUUCAAAGUUAUGGAGAAGGAUGAGACCCUGGAAGUUAAUGGCCUUCCCUUCUCGAACUUGUCUAUAAUUGAUGGUGUUGAAAUGUCUAGGUUCCCUGCUUCACAUGGCAGUGCCUUGAUGUUGAAGGAACAGCAGGAGUUGUCUCCACACCAAAUUGAUGGUGGUAACUUUUCUCAAAAGAUGGGAUAUUCUGUUGCACCAUACGUUGAAGAUCCGAUUCCAUCCAGCUAUCUUAACGCUCAUGCUGAACCUUGGGACAAACAUAUUUCGAGCACUGGUAAUCUUUUGAACGGUAUGGGGGACGCCACCGCUUUUAAUGGAAAUUCCGACAUGUUAAAUGAGCAGCAGCUGUUGGAGAGUACAGACAUGUACCAUCUAGAGUUUUUGGCGUCACAGUUUCCUGGUUUUGCUGCUGAAAGCCUUGCAGAGGUGUACUAUGCUAAUGGCGGUGACUUGAACCUGACCAUUGAGAUGCUCACACAGUUGGAGCUUCAAGUCGAAGGUGGUAUAAAUCAGAGCCACAGCUCAAAGGCAUUGUCAGCUCCAAAUCUUACUGCACUUGAUUUUCCUGCACUCUCUGCUGGAGAUGGUCAAAAUGGCAUACGAAAAUACCAUGAAGACGAACUCCAACCAAAUGGUAGUCCUUAUCGACCUUCUGAGAAGGACAACUUGCUUUUAUUCAGAUCCGGUUCAUCGAUACCAUCCAGAGGGGCCAUAGAUUUUGCUUCUGCUGUGAGAAAAAUGGCUUCCCAGGAUUCUGGUAUCUGGAAGUAUGAUGGAAAUGGUGCUACAGAUGUGAGUGUUGGCUCUAGUAGAGCUUCACAUUCUUCAUCAGGCUCUUACCUUGGCGGGCAAGGGAGAGGAAUUUAUGGUGAUAGGGUGCAAGGUCGAAGUCCGGCUCGUGCAGCACCUGCUUGGCUUGAAACAGGAGAAGCCGUGGCAAAUAUGUAUUCUGAAUCACGCGAGGAAGCUCGCGACUAUGCUCGUUUACGUAAUGUGUACUUUGAACAGGCUCGUCAGGCAUACCUUGUUGGUAACAAGGCACUGGCUAAAGAACUGAGCGUGAAAGGACAACUGCAUAACAUGCAGAUGAAAGCGGCCCAUGCCAAGGCACAAGAAUCCAUUUAUCGGCAGAGAAAUUCACAUUACUCGGGGAUGCAAGGAAAUGGAAGAGGACAAGAGAGAUUGAUAGAUCUGCAUGGGCUCCAUGUAAAUGAAGCCAUCCAUGUAUUGAAGCGGGAUCUGACAAUGUUGAGAAGUGCAGCAAGAUCAGCAGACCAACGUUUGCAGGUUUAUAUAUGUGUGGGGACCGGCCACCAUACCAGAGGUUCUCGUACACCAGCAAGACUGCCAACAGCAGUGCAGCGAUAUCUGCUCGAGGAAGAAGGCCUCGACUUCUCUGAACCUCAGCCGGGGUUACUCCGAGUUGUCAUAUACUGAUCAAAACUAGCGGAGUUUUUUGACAUGUCAGUAAACCCCGUGUGCAUAUACGAGUAAAAAAGGACAGGUAAAAAAAGGAAGCAGAAACUUGUAUCAUUUAGUUGUAAUCAGUCAGCUACUACAUUUUGGUAGAUAUUAUGAGCCCUCGGUCUGGGUAGUCUCAGUACGUGUGGUUCUGUUGAUCCUGUAACUUUAUUUUUUUAUUUUUUGUUCCUUGUCCUUUAAAUGAGAUGUAACUGCUAGAAUAUGUUAACACUAUAGCUCAAUUUACCCAAUCAUUUGGUACC